AUGGCUCUUACUACCACUCAGGCCUCAACAACCACUGAAGCUGCCACAACUACUGCGCCAACAAACACUGAAACUGCCACAACCACUAUAGCUCCUACUACCAAAGAGGCCCCAACAACCAGUGCCACAACUACUAUAGCUCUUACCACCACAGAGGCCAAAACAACCACUGAAUCUGCCACAUCCACUGAAGCUGCCACAACCACCAUAGCUCCUACUAACACUGAGGCCCCAACAACAAAUGAAGCUGCCACAACUACUCUAGCUCCUACUACCACUGAGGCUCCUACUACCACUGAAUCCCACACAACCACUGAAGUUCCAACAACUACUAUAGCUCUUACCACCACUGAGGCGCCAACAAACACUGAAACUGCCACAACCACUAUAGCUCCUACUACCAAAGAGGCCCCAACAACCAGUGCCACAACUACUAUAGCUCUUACCACCACAGAGGCCAAAACAACCACUGAAUCUGCCACAUCCACUGAAGCUGCCACAACCACCAUAGCUCCUACUAACACUGAGGCCCCAACAACAAAUGAAGCUGCCACAACUACUCUAGCUCCUACUACCACUGAGGGCACAACUACCACUGAAACUGCCACAACCACUGCCUCAACAACCACUGAAGCUGCCACAACUACUGUAGCUCUUAUCACCACUAAGGCCCAAACAACCACUGAAACUGCCACAACCACUGUAGCUCCUACCACUGAAACCCCAACAACCGCUGAAGCUGCCACAACUACUGCGCCAACAACCACUGAAACUGCCACAACCACUAUAGCUCCUACUACCAAAGAGGCCCCAACAACCAGUGAAGCAGCCACAACCACUGCCCCAACAACAAAUGAAGCUGCCACAACUACUGUAGCUCCUACUACCACUGAGGGCACAACUACCACUGAAGGUGCCACAACUACUAUAGCUCUUACCACCACUGAGGCCAAAACAACCACUGAAUCUGCCACAUCCACUGAAGCUGCCACAACCACCAUAGCUCCUACUAACACUGAGGUCCCAACAACCACUGAAGUUGCCACAACUACUGUAGCUCUUAUCACCACUAAGGCCCAAACAACCACUGAAACUGCCACAACCACUGCCCCAACAACAAAUGAAGCUGCCACAACUACUGUAGCUCCUACUACCACUGAGGGCACAACUACCACUGAAGGUGCCACAACUACUAUAGCUCUUACCACCACUGAGGCCAAAACAACCACUGAAUCUGCCACAUCCACUGAAGCUGCCACAACCACCAUAGCUCCUACUAACACUGAGGCCCCAACAACAAAUGAAGCUGCCACAACUACUCUAGCUCCUACUACAACUGAGGGCACAACUACCACUGAAAUUGCCACAACCACUACUGAGGCUAUAACAACCACUGAAGCUGCCACAACUACUGUAGCUCCUACUACCACUGAAUCCCACACAACCACUGAAGUUGCCACAACCACUAUAGCUCCUACUACCAAAGAGAUACCACAACCACUGUGGAAGCUACCACAACCACUAUACCACAACCACUGUGGAAGCUACCACAACCACUCUCCUACUACCACUGAGGACACAACUACCACUGAAGGUGCCACAACUACAAUAGCUAUUACCACCACUGAGGCCCAAACAACCACUGAAUCUGCCACAACCACUGAAGCUGCCACAACCACCGUAGCUCCUACUAAUACUGAUGACACAACUACCACUGAAGGUGCCACAACUACAAUAGCUAUUACCACCACUGAGGCCCAAACAACCACUGAAUCUGCCACAACCACUGAAGCUGCCACAACCACCGUAGCUCCUACUAAUACUGAGGCCUCAACAACCACUGAAGCUGCCACAACUACUGUAGCUCCUUCCACCAAUGAGGCCCAAACAACCACUGGAACUGCCACAACCACUGUAGCUCCUACUACCACUGAGGCGCCAACAACCACUAAAGCUGCCACAAAUACUGUAGCAUUUACUACUACUAAGGCCCCAACAACUACUGAAGCUGCCACAACUACUAUAGUUCCUACCACCCCUGAGGCCCAAACAACCACUGAAUCUGCCACAACCACUGAAGCUGCAACAACUACUAUACCUCCCACUACCACUGAGAUCCCAAUAACCACUGAAGCUCUGCCACAAAUUCUUGAAGCUGCCACAACCACUUUAGCUCAUACUACUACUGAGGCCCCAACAACAACUGAAGCUGCCACAACUACUGUAGCAUUUACUACUACUAAGGCCCCAACAACCACUGAAGCUGCCACAACUAUUGUAGCUCUUGCCACCACUGAGGCCCAAACAACCAAUGAAGCUGCCACAACUACUGCCCCAACAACAAAUGAAGCUGCCACAAGUACUGUAGGUCCUACUCCCACUGAUGCCCAAACAACUGAAGCUGCCACAACCACCGUAGUUCCUACUAAUACUGAGGUCCCAACAACCACUGAAGCUACCACAACCACUGCGCCAAUAACCACUGAAACUGCCACAACCACUAUAGCUCCAACUACUAAUGAGGCCCUAACAACCACUGUAGCUCUUGCCACCACUGAAGCCCCAACAACCACUGAAGCUGCCACAACUACUUUAGCUCUUUCUACCACUGAGGCCCAAACAACCACUGAAGCUGCCAGAACCACUGAAGCUGUCACAGCCACUGUAGCUUCUAAAACCACUGAAGCUGCCACAACUGCCACAACCACUGCAGCUCUUAUUACCACUGUGGCCCCAACAACCACUGAAGCUGCCACAACUGCUGUAGCUUUUACUACCACAAAGGCCCCAAUAUCCACUGAAUCUGCCACAACCACUGCAGCUCUUACCACCACUGAGGCCCCAAGAACCAGAACCACAGAAGCUUCCACAAAUACUGCCCUAACAACCACUGAAACUGCCAUUCUAGUUCUUACUACCACUGAGGCUCCACCAACCACUACUAUUACUGAAGCCCCAAAAACUACAGAAGCUGCCACAACCACUUUAGCGCCUACUACCACUGAGUCCCUAACAACAAAUGAAGCUGCCUCAACCAGUGUAGCUCCUACUACUGAGGCCACAACGACCACUGAAGCUCCCACAUCUACUGUAGCUCUUACCACCACCAAGGCCCCAACACCCACUGAAAUUGCCACAACCACUUUGGCUCCUACUACCACUGAGGCCUCAACAACCACUGAAACUAUCACAACCACUGAAACUAUCACAACCACUGUAGCUCCUAUUACCACUGAGACCCUAACAACCACUGAAACUCCUACUACCACUGAGACCCCAACAACCACUGAAACUAUCACAACCACUGUAGAUCUUACCACCACUGAGGCCCCAAGAACCACUGAAACAUCCACAACCACUUUAGCUCCUACUACCACUGAAGCCCUAAGAACCACUGAAACUGCCACAACAACUGUAGCUCCUACUACCACUGAGACCCCAAGAACCACUGAAACUAUCACAACCACUGUAGAUCUCACCACCACUGAGACCCCAAGAACCACUGAAACUAUCACAACCACUUUAGCUCCUACUACCACUGAAGCCCCAACAACCACUGAAACUAUCACAACCACUGUAGAUCUCACCACCACUGAGACCCCAAGAACCACUGAAACUGCCACAACCACUUUAGCUCCUACUACCACUGAAACCCCAAGAACCACUGAAACUAUCACAACCACUUUAGCUCCUACCACCACUGAAGCCCCAACAACCACUGAAGCCCCAACAACCACUGAAACUGCCAUAACUAUUGCACUUUCUUCUACCACUGUGGUCCCAACAACCACUGAAACUGCCACAACCACUGUAGCUCCAAUCACCACUGAAGCCCCAACAACCACUCAAGCUACCACAACCCCUCUACCUCCUACUACCACUGAAGUCCCAACAACCACUGAAGGUGCCACAAUCACUUUAGCUCCUAAUAUCACUGAGGGACUAACAACCACUGUAGCUGCAACAAUCACUGUAGCUCUUACUACAACUGACACCCCAACAACCAGUGAAGCUGCCACAACUAUUAUAGGUCCUACCACCACUGAGGCACCAACAACCAAAGAAGCUGCUACAACUCUUGUAGCUCCUAAUACCACCGAGGCACCAAUAACCACUACAGAAGCCUUGGCAAUGACUGAACGCCUUACAAGUACAGUAGCUUCCACUUCCAUUGAAGCACUAUCAACGGUAGAAUCUACUAGUACUGUCUCUAGUACAACUGAAGCACUUGAAACCACUACAGUUUCAAUAACUAUUCCACUCUACACAACCGCUGAAGCCAGAACAUCUUUAGCCACCACUACCAAUAAGGCCCCAACAACCUCUAGAACAGUGAGAACCACCUCAAUCCCUACUAAAACUUUGGCCCCAACUACUGAGACAAAGACAACAACCACUUCCUCCCCACUUACUACCAAAGCCCUAACACCCACUUUAAGUUCUACAACCAUUGAUGCCCCAACAACAACUAUCACUUCUACUACCAUUGAUGUUGUAACAAUUGCUAUCACAUCUACUACCAUUCAAAACCCAAGAACCACUGUCCCAACAACAAUUGAACCUGCCACAACCACUGUAGCUCCCACUACUACUACUGCCCCAACAAUCACUAAAGCUGCAACAACCUCUGUAGCUUCUACUUCCACUGAGGCCCCAACAACCACUGUAGCCCCUACUACCAAUGAGGAAUCAACAACUGAAGCUGCCACAACCACCAUAGCUCUUACUUCCACUAAGUUCCCAACCUCUGAAGCUGCAACAACCACUGUUGCUCUUACAACCACAGAAGAAGCCACAACCAAUUUAGCUCCUACUACCACUGAGAUCCCAACAACUAAAGCAGCAACCACUGAGGCCCCAACAACCAUUAAAGCUGUCACAAACACUUUAGCUCCAGUUACCACUGAACAACCACAACUGAGUUGUCACAACCAAUUUAACUCAACUGAGGUUCCAACAACCACUGAAGCUGCAACCACUGUUGCUUCUACUACCACUGCAGCUGCAACCACUGUAUCUUCUACUACCACUGGGGCACCAACAACCACUAAAGCUGCCACAACCAAUUUAGCUUCUACUGCCACUGAGGUCCCAACAACCACUGAAGUUGCAACAACCACUGUAGCUCUUACUACCAUUGAAGCCCCAACAACCACUGUAGCUCCUACUUUUAUUGAAACCUUAACAACCACUAUAGCUCCUAUUACCACUGAGGCCCCAUCAACCACUCUCUUACUUCCACUGAGUUCCCAACAAGUGAAGCUGCCACAACCACUGUUUCUCCUACUGCUGCUGAGGCUCCAACAACCACUGAAGCUGCCACAAAAAAAAAUAGCUCCUGCUACCAUUGAGGUCCCAAUAACCACUGAAGCAGCAACAAUCAUUAUAGCUCCUACUACCUUUAGGGCAUCAAUGACCACUGUAGCUCUUACUACUGCCAUCUCAAUAACUGAAGCAGCUACAAUUACUGUAGCUCCUACCACUCAGGCACCAACAACCGCUGAAGAUGUAACAACCACUGUAAUUACAACCACUGAAGCCCCAACAGCAACUGAAGCUGCUACAAUCACUGUAGCUCCUACAACCACUGAGGACACAACAACCACUGAAGCUGCAACAACCAGUGUAGCUCAUCCUACAACUCAAACAUCAACAACCACUGAAGCUACCAUAACCACUGCAACUCUUACUUCCACUGAGGCCCCAACCACUGAAGCUGCCACAACCAAUUUGAUUCUUACUAACACUGAGGUCCCAAGAACCACUGAAACUGCCACAACCACUGUAGCUCUUACUACCACUGAAGCACCAACAACCACUGAAGCUGCCACAACCACUGUUGCUCUUAGUUCGACUGAGACCCAAACAACUGAAGCUGCCCCAACCAAUUUUGCUUCUACUACCAUGCAGGCCCCAACGACCACUUAUGUUGCCACAACUAAUUUAGCUCCUAUUACCACUGAGGACCCAACAACCACUCUAGUUCCUACUACCACUGAAACCCCAACAACCACUGAAGCUACAACAACCAUUUUAAUUCCUACUACCACUGAAGCCCAAACAACCACUAUAACUCCUACUACCUUUGAGGCACCAACGACAACCUUAGCUCUUACUACUGACGUCUCAGCAACUGAAGCUGCUACAACUACUGUAGAUUUUACUACAACUGAGGCACCAAGAACUGAAGGUGUCACAACCACUGUCCCAACAACCACUAAAGCUGCAACAAAAGCUGUUGCUUCAACUUCCAAUGAGGCCCCAAUAACAGAAACUGCCACAACCAAUUUCGCCCCGAUAACCACAGAAGUUACAACUACUUUAGCUCCUACUACCACUGAGGCUCCAACAAUCGCUGAAACUGCAACAACCACUGCCCCUACAACCAUUAAAGCUGCAACAACCACUGUAGCUCUUAUUACCGCUGAGGUCCCAACAACAACUGAAUCUACCACUAAGGCCCUAACAACCACUCUAGCUGCAAUAAUUACUGAGUCCAAAACUACCGCUGAGGUUAAAACAACCACUGUAGCUUCUACUACCAUUGACACCUCAACAACCACUCUAGCUGCCAUAACAAAUUUAACUCCUACUAUCACUGAGGCCCCAACAGCCACUGUAGCUCCUUUUACCACUGAGGAACCAACAACGACUGAAGCUGCAACAACCAUUUUUGCUUUUACUUCCACUGAGUUUUCAAAAACUGUAGCUAUCAUAACCAAUUUAGCUUCUACUACCACCAUCAACGUCUCUCCUGCGGCCACCACUAGUGAUCCAGCCACCACUACUGGGAUCAGCUUUCACUGCAGAACCAAUAAAAAUCCAACCUCAGCUUUAACACUAGCACCUGCAUCUACUUCUGUUUUCACUUCCACAUUUGCCAACGCAAGCUCUACAAGUUUCAUUACUUCUACAACGCUGGCAGCCUUUAGUACAACCACGCAAUUUUCUACAGAUCUUACAAUGCAACAUCUGCCUCGUCAGCCUCCAAUGCAGCUUUUGUCUCCGGUACCACAAUGGCCCUGUAAUUUAGCAUACUCAAGUAGUAAAUUAUCUGCCGUCUUGGUGUUCACAACAGUGAGCCCCCCCAACAUACUCAUAUCGCCCAUCGAAACCAUUCUCCCAUCCAUACUUACCCCAGUCUCUGGUACUGUGUCUUUGAUGGAGUCAUGUAGCAUGUGUGCAAUAUUCAUGGAUCCUCACAUUCAAACAUUCGAUAAUGAGUUGCUUACAUUGACCACAAAGUGUAACUACUCCCUUGUGCAACCCGGUUUUAGUUACUCUCCGGACUUUGCUGUUUAUACGCAGUUUGAAACUUGCUUUAAUAUCGGGUCUUGCGUAGGCCACAUAACAUAUGUGGACAAUGCCAACACCGUUAUAUCACGCGAUAUUGCUGGCUGGACAGACGAUGAGACGCUUAACGUGAACGGCGAGGACUACUCUCUCCUGAACUACCCGACCCCCGUGACAUCAGGCAGCACCCCGCACCCUGUCCUGGCAUGGAGCAAGGGCAACAGCAUUCGCCUUGUCGGUUCCAGCAAAGUUGCAAUGCAGAUAUACAAGACCGUGACGUUUGUAUUCAUCCACGAGAGUGUAACAAACCUCCACGGCCUCUGCGGCACAGAAGACAGCUCCUCUGACUAUGUUGAUCGUUUAAAUGCAACUUCCACACCUGACGCGUUCUACGAUUCUUGGAAGACACAAACACAACAGACUUCGUGCAAUUCUCGUCGAAAGAAGAGGGCAACUACAGCGUUUAUCGACAGACACGACUACACUGAAGUCGCUUUCAUCAAUAUUGUUAUUGCAAUUGUUAGACAUGCCAUGAUUUUGACACAACGUACUGAAAGGGUUUCCACGCAGAUCUGCAAAUCUGCCGGGCCCGACAUCCGUCAACGCCACUCAAACUGCCUAGCAAUUUCUGACAGUCUGAGUGCUGCUGUCAGUAGAGCAAAAGGGGUUUGCACUCCUUGGCACCCACUUCUGGCCUUGUUUCUGGCAGAUUCAGUUGCUUGGUGUCGCUGGAUGCACAGAGACGCGGUUGACUUCGAAAUUACUAAUCUUGAUAUUUCGUCUCUUGAUCGUCCCUUAGAUACCAACUUCCCGGAAUCAAUUCCUAGCAAUCGCUUCGGGUUCAUCUACUCCCGAGAUAACGAGUGUACAGUCGACGCCAGCAAAAGGGAGGAAUUUAACAGCAGCUGCACCACUGUCGUCCUUUCCACAACGCAUCUAAACUAUUCAGUCCCUGAAGUGUCCUCCGAGAAUCUGAUUAAUGCCUGUGUGUUCGAUCUGUGCAUGGUGUACAUGAACACGAGCGAUAAUCAAGCUGUUCUAGAUUAUUUGUACGCCGAUGUUGUUGACACAGUGCAAGCCUUCAUCUUAACGACUAUAAAUGUCACUACAUCAUCGACUGCCUCACCCACAACCACCUUAGAAUCUACAAGUGCGCCCACGACCUCAGCAACUACAGAAGUAGUUACUACUACAUCCCAAGCUUCACCAGCAAAUAAGAAAGUAGAUGCUUCUGUAUUGUCUUCUCCACCAACAGUUACAGAAACAGUUAUCCUGAUAACAACGCAGUACAUCACCAAUGACCAAAUACUCAGUCCCAUCAAGAUGCAUUCCAUCAACAACUGCAGAGAUAGCAACCACUUCAACACCAGUCCCAUUAUCAAGGACAGAGCUAAUACUACACUCCAAGCUUCAUUGACAACUACAGAAGCUGGUGCUACUACUAAUGUUUCAGUUUCUGAACCAAGUUCAACUACCCUUACCACACCUUCACUUCCUGAAACUAAUACUACGACCACUGAAGAUGUCAUAACAACCACUGAAGCUGCAACAACUACUGUAGCUCAUACUACCCCUGAGGCCCCAACAACCACUGAAGCUGCCACAACUACUGCCCCAACAACCACAGAAACUGCCACAGCCACUGUAGCUCCUACUACCACAGAGGCCCCAACAGCCCCAACAACCACUGAAACUGCAACGACUAUAGCUUCUACUGCCACUGAAGCCCCAACAACCACUGAAGCUGCCACAACUACUGUAGCUCCUACCACCACUGAGGCCACAGUCCUACUACCACUGAAGUUGCCACAACCAUUGGAGCUCCAACUACCACUAAGAGCUCCUACUACCACUAAGGCCCAAAAAACUACUGAAGCUCCCACAACUACUACAGGUCCUACUACCACUGAAGUUGCCACAACCAUUGGAGAUCCAACUACCACUAAGACCCCAACAAUCACUGAAGCUGCCACAACUACUGUAGCUCCCACUACCACUAAAGACCAAACAACCACUGAAGCUGCAACGACUACUGCCCCAACAACCACUGAAACUGCAACGACUAUAGCUUCUACUGCCACUGAAGCCCCAACAACCACUGAAGCUGCCACAACUACUGUAGCUCCUACCACCACUGAGGCCACAGUCCUACUACCACUGAAGUUGCCACAACCAUUGGAGCUCCAACUACCACUAAGAGCUCCUACUACCACUAAGGCCCAAAAAACUACUGAAGAUGCCACAACUACUGCCCCAACAACCACUGAAACUGCAACGACUAUAGCUUCUACUGCCACUGAAGCCCCAACAACCACUGAAGCUGCCACAACUACUGUAGCUCCUACCACCACUGAGGCCACAGUCCUACUACCACUGAAGUUGCCACAACCAUUGGAGCUCCAACUACCACUAAGCUGCCACAACUACUCUGCCACAACUACAAUAGCUCCUACUACCAUUGAGGUCCCAACAACCACAAAAGCUGCAACGACUACUGUAGUUCUUACUACCACUGAGGCCCCAACAACCACUGAAGCUGGCACAACCACUGAAGCUGCCACUACUCUUAUAGCUCCUACUACCACUGAGGCCCCAACAACCACUGAAACUGCAACGACUAUAGCUUCUACUACCACUGAGACCACUGAAGCUGCCACAACUACUGUAGCUCCUACUACCACUGAGGCCCCAACAACCACUGAAGCUGCCACCACUGUAGCUCCUACUACCACUGAGGCCCCAACAACCACUGAAGCUGCCACAACUACUAUAGCUCUUACUACCACUGCCCCAACAACCACUGAAGCUCCUACUACCACCGAGGCCACAACUGUAGCUCCUACUUCAACUGAGGCCCCAACAACUACUAAAGCUGCAACAACUACUGUGGCUUCUAUUACCACUGAGGCCCCAACAACCACUGAAGCUGCCCCAACCACAGAAGCUGCAACAACCACUGUAGCUGCUACUACCACUAAGGCCCCAACAACCACUAAAGCUGCCACAACCACAGAAGCUGCAACAACCAUUGUAGCUCCUACUACCACUGUGGCCCCAACUACUACUGAAACUGCAACGACUGUAGCUUCUACUAUCACUGAGGCCCCAGCAACCACUGAAGCUGCCACAACUACUUUAGCUCCUACUACCACUGAGGUCCUAACAACCACUGAAGCUGCAGCAACUGAAGCUGCCACAACUACCAUAGCCCUUACUACUACUGAGGCCCCAACAACCACUGAAGCUCCUACUACCACUGAGGCCCCAACAACCACUGUAGCUCCUACUACCACUAAGGCCCCAACAACCACUGAAGCUCCUACUACCACUGAGGCUUCAACAACUACUGUAGCUCCUACUACCACUGAGGCCCUAACAACCACUGAAGCUGCCACAACUACUAUAGCUCCGACUACCACUGAAGCUGCCACAACUACCAUAGCCCUUACUACUACUGAGGCCCCAACAACCACUGAAGCUCCUACUACCACUGAGGCCCCAACAACCACUGUAGCUCCUACUACCACUAACGCCCCAACAACCACUGAAGCUCCUACUACCACUGAGGCUUCAACAACUACUGUAGCUCCUACUACCACUGAGGCCCUAACAACCACUGUAGCUCCAACUACCACUGAGGCCCCAACAACCACUACUGAAGCUGCCACAACUACUAUUGCUUCUAUUACCACUGAGGCCCCAACAACCACUGAAGCUGCCACAACCACAGAAGCUGCA